UGAGGAGGAGUAAGCAUCCCCGGUCGAUCAGUCACACCCGCCGUGAGCCCUAUGUCUUGAUCAAAAGUAAUCCGGAGUCAAAAUCAUAGUGCCAAAAACGAUAAUGUAAAACAAUUGACCGCAGCACCCAUUCAGUGACCAUUGCAUAAAAUCUAUUAUUGUGUAUGCAGAAUCGUCACUGCAUGAGUAAUGUGAUUUGUCAUACAAAAUAAUACCAUGUACACACCCAAAAUAGCUUUAAAAUUUUUAGUAGCUUCUUCCCUUUGUAUAGGACAGAUUUUAAAGACUGUGCAAUUUACGUGCAUAUAUAUCUAACAUAUCCGCGCACAAGCUACUAGUGUCACUGAUUAGAUACUGUCUGACAUGUCUCACACCGAUUAUAAGACUGUUCUUUACAUAAUGAUUUUGAAUAGGGAUUAUUUUGUUCAUCUGAUCAAAAUAUAGGACUCAUGACGGGUGUGAUCAGGGGUGCAGGAAUCCUGAAAUUUAUGAUCUCCUUGUUCUAAAUAUGUUUCAUAUUAAAUUUAAAAAAAAUGGAAUGAUAGUUAUAAAGAAGAGGUUAAAAAUGUCUAUUGUUCACACAUCUAAUAACUGACCAUUUUGGCCCCACUUUGAUACCAAAACCACUACACCUGAGAUCAUCAAAUUUACAAUUUUGGUAAAGGACUACCUGCUCGUUCUAAAUAUCUAUUUACUUUCAAUUUAAUAUCAAUACCACUAAAGAAGAUGUUACUUAAGCGUUUUACACAUAAACACUAUAUACAAGUUUGGACCCGCCCUGGGUCAGAACCCCUACCCAGUGGAUCAUGAAAUUUACAAUUUUGGUAGAGACCUUCCUGCUCUACAUCACUAUGCAUUUAGUUUUUCUUAUAUGUGUGUAGUUCUUGAGAAGAAGAUUUUUGAGAAUUGGUCAAUUUCGGGCAAUGUUUGCCCCGCCCCUAAGUCCUCAAAUUUACAAUUUAUGUCCCCCUUGUCAGAAUGAUGCUUCACACUAAAUUUGAAAAGAAUUGGAUUGGUAGUUAUUAAGAACAAGUUAAAAAUGCUCAAAUGUUAACGGACGACGGACAACAACCAAUAGCAAUAGGUCACCUGAGUGAGCUAAAAAUCAUGGCCUCCAGCGGUCGGUUGGGGCCACAAUAGGAACUAAAGUUUUACAUGCAAAUAUAUACAUGUAUAUGGAAAGUCUUCACAUAAGGGCCAAGGUGAGUCAGGUUAGCGAUGUGGCCCAUGAGCUCUUGUUUGAAGAUUUUAUCCGUAGAUUUAAAACAUGUUAGUAAAUACCGUUUUCAAUUUUCAUAAAUAUCUUUUUCUAAAAGAUUAGAACGUUUAUAUCUGAAUCUGUUAGGCAUGUUUUAUUAGAUAUUCAUAUCAUGCACCAAAACACAGCGAAAUUUGAAGUCAAGAAUCUCUUAAUUGCAAACAAAACACAUUUUUUAUUAUUCCGGAAAAAAACACCAAAAAAUAAAAUAAAAUAAUUGAGAGCUUGUAUCACUCUUUCGAUGGUGAAAUCAUACUUCAUAAGAGGUGUAUUAAUGAUCCAUUACUUAAAAUUUUAGUGUAAUUAGCUACGUUAAGUUCGUCUCCCAGGAACCGUAACAUUCACACCUGAUGCCGAGUAUUUAGCGAUGGAAUAGAAUCAAUGAUGAAUAAAUGCAUACUUAGGCACAGCAGAAAAAAAUGUACCAAACUUGUGAAUUUUGCAACCCUAAUGGUUUGAUUAUAAGGCUGGUCCAAAAGAGUCACAUGGUGUUAAUAUAACAAAUACAUGUAUUAUAUAAUGUAAAGCCUUUCAUCAGUAUGGGUACUUUCGGGGCGGGGUUAAAAUCACAUCCUCUUCUAUACUACUGCAGCAUAAAUCAGAAUUUCGCCUAGAUAUGCAGAACAGCAAAUAUUUUUAUAGAUUUUAUAGCCUCUGGAGUAGAGACACUUAACUAAUACUUAUGUGACCAAUAAGGCAAUAGUCAGGUGUUUCCACAGUCGUUUUUAUUGCAACAAGUAACGAUUAUUUGAUUAUAGAGACGUUGUAUUUCUGAAAAUUGUAAUUCUACGAAAAAGAUACGAAACUACCUCAGUAUAUAUACCGUAGACCGUGCUCGUUAUCAUUCCCCCGGUGUUUCCAUUCCAUCAAACGAUUAUUACAUAUCGUGCUUUGGUGUACAUUAGAUGAUUGUGCAGCUGCGACUGAAAUACCAGACCCUGAAUUGAAAAUAACAAGGAUAACCGAGAAUAGCCGAGAUGCUGUACGUCACUCUUCUCGCUGUCGUUUUGUACCAGGUGUCAUCAUCCUACCAGGAAGCAGAAAAUGGAUGCAAAGAUCAAUAUUACAGCAAAGGAUCACAAGAUAUACACCGCGAGGUGCGCAUGUUACUUAUUGGAAAAACGGGCGUCGGCAAAAGUACAACUGGAAACACGAUAUUGGGAUUCCCUGCCUUCGAUAGCAAAGUCUCUGCCACAUCAGUUACUUCUAGGACGCAAUACAAUGAAACUGAGAGAUUCGAGAAGAAGUUGGUUGUUAUUGAUACGCCAGGUCUGUUUGAUACAAAUCGAACAAAUGAGGAACUUCUCGUGGAAAUGACAAAGUGGUAUGCCCUAACAUCUCCUGGAUUGCAUGCCAUUAUCCUGGUACUUCAAGUCGGGCGAUUUACAGAAGAGGAACAGAAAACUGUAGACUUUUUCAUGACAGCAUUCGGAGAAGAAUUAAAAAACUAUUUAAUCAUAGUGUUCACUCAUAAAGACAGAUUAGAAGCUGAUGGUUUGACUAUUGACGAUUUCGUCCACACAAUGGAUGACGAAUCAAACCUAAAAUCUCUAAUUAAUGAAACCAAAGGGAGAUACACUGCCAUCGGAUACAAAGGACGACAAAGCGAGCGUGAAAAUGAAGUACGCCAUAUUCUUUCCAUGAUCGAUAAAAUGGGAGAGAGCAACGGUUGGUCAUAUUACUCCAACAAUAUUUCUAAAAGAGUUGAAGACAUUAUGAACGAAAAUGAGAGAAAGAAUAUGAAGGAACAAAACGACAAAGGGAAAACGUACACAGAGGAAGAAGUCGCCAUGCUUCUUAAGGCAGCCAGAUCCAACACAAGAGUUCAUAUUAUCAACAAUAAUCAACAAGAGGAUGGACUGUUUACAAACCUUAUGUCUACUGUAGGUGCUGGGCUUCUGGCCGCGGCUUCAGGUGUUGGAGGUGUGAUAUAUUCAACCGUAUCUUACGUUGGUGGCUGGUUUGGAUUUUGACCAUAUUACACAAAUUUCCCUGUACUAAUAUUUCACCGUAAUUUAUUGUACUAGGAAAGCAUUUCUUCCCAAUAUUAUCUUUUGUUGUCAGCAUAUUUAACCAAGGCCAUAACUUAUGUACUAUUCAAUAUACUUGCUGAACUGAACGAUGAAAGGCAAUUAUAUAACUGAUAAUUAAAGGUCAAGGUCAUAUAUGUUUCAAUUCAAUUGAACAUAUAUUUAGCUCUAAAACUUCAUAGUUAUUUCGGAUUUCAAACAUUUCGGUUGAGCAUCACUGAAAAGACAUUGUUUGUCGAAAUGCGCAUCUGGUGCAUCAAAAUUGGUACCGUAUAAGUUUUACAUUUUAGAGAAACCUAAUAUUUCUUCUGAGACAUAUACAUGUACAUGUAUCUUGUUGCACUUUUCUUUUCUUAAGCCAAAUUGAAGUGAUCAAACAUUCAGUGACUGAAAAUGAAGUUUUUUUUGUAAAUUUACCCCUGAAUUCAAUGAAAGCCAACAUUCAAGAAGAGAUUAGAACGAGAUUAGAACGUAAAUGAUUCUAUGAAAAUAAUCUAAUUAUAUCAGAAAGCUAAUGUUUCAGAAUUCAUAUUGUUUAACGUAUUUGAUUUCAUGCCAUUUAUCAGAAAGCAUGCAUAUUUUGUAGUUGUAUUGAAGGGUGCGGAUGUAAAAAUAAUGUUAAACAUAAGGUUAACAAGUCAGGUUUAUGACAGUUAUUCAAUGAUAAUAUUAAUUUACCAUUAACACAACCCAACAAUAAAAAAGUCUUUAAAUAAAUGAUGAUAUACUGCAUAACCAUUCAGUUCCUAACUUGACCUUCUGACUUCAGGUUUGGGUGUUGGGAAUGAUACCAAUAUAGUGUCACAAUAUAAACCUCUGAUAUGUUAAUUCUACAUAAAUAUUUUUUAAUUAGUUCAUACGCUUAUUCUCACGAUCUUGCAUACGUUUGGGAUAUUUAUCUUUUACAGUUUAUAUGUACAUGAAGGUGUUUUUCUACUAGUAGUCUACCAGAUCUACGUAAUCAUUUAGUAUACUAGUGUUGUACUUCGCGUUUAAGGAUUUAGUAUUGAAAAUAAUGUCAACAUCUUUGUUAGAGGAAGAGUACAUACUCUUAACUUGUCUUGUUAAACCCUCCUACAAUUUUCAAGUGAGAAUCUUCUUAUUUCACAAAGUAUUUCUAUGGGUAUUUAAGAUGUACAUGUGGUGAGGAUUUUGCUUUUAUUAAAUUGUUGAGAAAAUUA